GGUAGGCUGACAUUUUGUAAAAUGAGGAAAUUGAUUUUUGCAAUAUAACAGCUGAGUUGAAACGUAAAGUAAAGAGACCAUGGCAUCAAGUAAACCAGUUUCAUGUGGGCACUGUCAAAGGGAAGAAGUAAAUACUGUAGCUGAUAUCUGGUGUACCAAUUGUGAUGAAGGAUUAUGUUCAACGUGCUCGGGUCUUCAUGUUAGAUUUAAACCAACUGGUGAUCACAAGACCAUUGAUAUUAAAAGGUUUAAACCUCAUAUUGGCUCCAUUAAAACAGAAUGUGACAAACAUAAUCAGCAGUUCAACUUUUACUGUCCCAUUCAUCUGAUGCCUUGCUGUGAUAAAUGUAUUUCAAAUCAUCAUUCAGAAUGCACAGGAAUAAAACGUUUAGCGAGUGCAGUGCAGGAAGCCAAUAUAGAACAAUCAAAACAAUCUGUUGAUAAAGAGAUAUCCUCUAUCUUACUUUUGUUGAAUAAAAUGGCAAAUGAAAAAUUAAGAAACAUAAUAAAUGGAGAACAACAACACAAAAACAUAAAGGAAUCAAUCAGCAAAAUACGGGAGGGAAUCAAUAAACAUUUAGACCGUCUAGAGGCUGAGCUUUACAAAGAAGCAGCUACUGUGUGGAGUGAGGAGAAAUCAAACCUAACAUGUUCGAUUACUGAAAUUGAAGAGAAAAAGAAAAACUUAAAAGAAAUACAAGAUGAUGUGCAUACAGUCACGGAACAUAAUUCAAAACUUCAAUCAUUUCUGGGGAUGCAUCAGAUUGAAAAAAAGAUACAUCAGUGUCGAUAUGCUGUAGAUAUUGAAAACGAUGAGGUGGCCAGUGAAAUUGACAUCAAAUUGAAGCAAAAUGAUGAGAUGGAAAAGGUGCUUAGUGAAUUUCAGUCAUUAAAAUCCUUAGGAGAAGUGAAGGUUGUUAAAAGUAAAAUGACCAUCAGCAGAGAAACAAGUGCGAGUAGGGAACCACAAGUAGCAUUACGAGGACAUUUCACCACCAUACAGAAUAUGUUAAUGAAUAUUGAGACACAGAUUUACCUUAAAAUGCAGAAGAUUAUUAAUGAUAUGGUUUGCCUGAUGGAUGGAAGAGUUAUUGUAGUAGAAUGGAAUGGUAAAGUUAACCUUCUUACAUCUGAUGGACAAUUUCAGAAACAGGUACCUAUAUCUGGUGGAGCCUUCUGUGUCACACAGAUCAAUCAAGGCACAAUUGCUAUAACUUAUCCUAAGGAGAAAACUAUUAAGAUCUACCAUAUGGAGACUGAAAAUGUUACCAAAGUUAUUCAAUUAGACAAAGGUUGUUAUGGUUUAUCAUCCUCUAAUAAUUUUCUUGUUGUUGGUUUGAGUUUAGGCGAAAUCCGUAUUAUAAACUUGGAAGGAAAUACAUUGAAGUCAAUACAACGCCAGAAUGAAUUAGUAGUUACUAACAUUGUUUACUGUGACGACAGAGUAAUCUAUAGUGAUUAUGGAGGUACAGCAGUAUACUGUGUCGAUAGAUCAGGUCAACAGAUCUGGAAAUUUAAAGAGGAUUUAUGUGGCCCAAAAGGUCUUUGUGUAGAUAUUUUUGGUAACAUUAUUUUAGCAGACUAUGGCUCUAAUAGUAGAAUAAUUGUAAUAUCAAAAGAUGGAAAGAACAGUAAAAUACUCCUCAGAGAACACAACGGAUUGAAGGAUAUGAAAUGCAUUUGUAAUAAAAAUAAUGAACAUUAUGGUUUAAUGUGUGACAACAGAGGCAUAAAGUUAGCAAAAUUCAAUCUAUCGUAUGAAUAGAUAUAAGUACUAAACAUUCAAAUGAUAGUAAUUGUCAAUAAUACUACAAUGUCCUCUACAUUUUAAACUGUAGAUAAAUAUAUUGUAUGAAGACACAUGACACGUGAAGAGCUACAUUUACACGAGAAUAUUUGCGGUAGAGAUGUACAUUUGUAUUAUCAUAUAUGGACAUUGUAGUUGUUACAAUACAAAUUAAUUCACUGUAUGUCAGAAACAAAUUUUUGACUGUGUAAAUACAGUUUAUAAAAAAUAGUUCGUACAGUACCAAUUGCAAAAAAACAAAUAUAAACUAUAUACUAUUUAAUGUAGACACAAAUAUAAUUUCCAAUUACUAAAAUAUGUUUUUGUUUGAA